GCCUUGGGUAGUGGUAGAGAACAUUCAGGCCGGUCUCUUCUUCCAUGGACCAGAAGAGUUCGGUUUUGGAAAGUGAGCAGAAUUGUGCAAGCUCGUCGUCGCCUUGGCCGUGAGCGAAAGCAAUGAUGAUUUGCCUAACACGGAGCAAAACCACAAGGACAACAACCAGCCAAAGAUACGCCAAACAUAACGCUCUCCCAUCGUCACCAUCAAGCAAACAAACACCUCUUUGUAUCUCGUCAACAUGCCACCCUAUCCUGGCGACCCACCGGAGUGGAGGACGUUCUCUGGUAGCUACCUGGACUGGCAACCCUCGGAUGAAGGUUCGUCCACCGUGACUGCCCUCACCACCGAGAACGAGAGACUGCGUGCAGAGCUCGCAGGUGUGCGCGAAGAGCUUGCAGCUGCAAGAGGAAGGGCCGAUAGAAGGGACAGUGACAGGCUCACACACUACGAAUGGCUUGGCCGGUACCUUGCUCUGCCUCGCCGUCAACAUCGUGGCAUCAUGAGAUGGGUCGUUGAACAUGUCUGGCGCGUGCUGGCAGGAGCCAAACAGAAGUCACAUCUUUUCAAGCCUCACACCAUCAACAUCGCUGCCGCAGACAAGAAGAAGCGCAGCAGGCCCGUCACACCUCGCUGGCGCCAAGUCCUCCCACAUGCACAGAAGACUUGCAAUAAAACAGCAACAAAAAUGCCUUCUAACAACAGCUCGUCCACCUCCGUCACCACCAUUGGCUCCACCAAGAGCUCCACCCCUGACAAGGGCAUCGUCCCCGCGGACAACCUCGUCAAGAAGGCUAACGGCCAGAAGUCCGUCGCCGCUACGCCUUCGGGCUUCAAAUUCAUCUUCGAAGACGAGAUGCUGCAGCAUCUCAUGCUGCUCAACUCUUGAGACAGGAGAGGUACAGUAAAUCAAUCGGGUUACCCUCGUACAGACGAGACUGAAGGGUGUCAAGAAGUAGGCACCGAGGGGAUGGCACAACCAAGAGAGCCGGUCAUGGCACUUUGAUAUGGCCUUGAGGGAUAGCGGGAGAGUGAGUCUUUGACUCUAAUCGUCACCCCAGAAGCUAAU